AGCACUGCUGUUUCGGCCAGCGUGUAGCGGCACAGUUGCCGCACAGGAAAUUGCAUAGAUCCCGGUGCCUUUUUGGUGGGCGACUGGGGCACCUGGUAGAGAAUCUACCGUUCAAUUAGGAAAAGAAAAAAAGAGGUCCCCUGAGGCAGGGAGCCAGGUGAUCGGGCUGGGCUGCUCCCACCCCCACAAAAAAAACAGCAAUUGGAAACGCUGACGGUUGAGAGUUUCACAGCAAGUACAGCUGAACCCAGAAGGUCCAGCUCUGUGGGGGAGGGGCGUCCACUGAAGGAAAACAAAGAAACAGAAAUAACAUCACCACCAACAAACUGGAUGUCUGCUCAGAGACCCAAUAUGAAAGUCAGCAAUUACAAAGACGACAGGUGGUAAAUCCACAAAGAUGGGAAGAAACCAGCGCAAAAAGGCUGAAAACAUCCAAAAUCAGAAUGCCUCUCCUCCUUCAGGGGAUCGUAACUCCUCAUCAGCAAGGAAACAAGGCCUGAUGGAGAACGAGUAUGUUGAAUUGUCAGAAUCAGGCUUCAGAAGGUGGAUAAUAAGAAAUUUCUGGAAGCUAAAAGAACAUGUUCUAACCCAAUGCAGAGCCUAAGAAUCUUGAAAAAAGGUUUGACAAAAUGCUAACGGGAAUAGACAAUUUAGAGAGGAAUAUAAGUGAAUUAAUGGAGCUGAAAAACACAACACGAGAACUUCGCGAAAUAUGCACAAGUUUUAACAGUCGAAUUGAUCAAGCAGAAGAAAGGAUAUCAGAAGUCAAAGACCCACUCAAUGAAAUAAAACGAGAAGACAAGAUUAGAGAAAAAAGAAUAAAAAGGAAUGAGCAAAGUCUCCAAGAAAUAUGGGACUAUGUGAAAAGACCUAAUCUACGUUUGAUAGGUGUACCUGAAUAUGACGGAGAGAAUGAAUCCAAGCUGGAAAAUACUAUUCAGGAUAUUAUUCAGGAAAACUUUCCCAACCUAGCAAGGAGUGACAAUAUUCAACUCCAAGUAAUACAGAGAACACCACAAAGAUAUUCCUCAAGAAGAGCGACCCCAAGGCACGUAAUCGUCAGAUUCCCCAGGGUUGAAAUGAAGGAGAAAAUGCUAAGGGCAGCCAGAGAGAAAGGUCAGGUUACCCAUAAAGGGAAGCCUAUCAGACUCACAGCAGCUCUCAGCAGAAACCCUAUAAGCCAGAAGAGAGUGGGGGUCAAUAUUCGACAUCCUUAAAGAAAAGAACUUGCAACCCAGAAUUUUAUAUCCAGCCAAACUAAGCUUCACAAGCGAAGGAAAAAGAAAAUCUUUUGUGAACAAGCAAGUACUUAGAGAUUUCAUCACCAUCAGGCCUGCUUUACAAGAGCUUCUGAAAGAAGCACUACACAUAGAAAGGAACAACCAGUAUCAGCCUUUCCAAAAAUAUACCAAAAAGUAAAGAGCAUCAGCAUAAUAAAGAAUUUACAUCAACUAAUGGGCAAAAUAGCCCCCAAGCAUCAAAUGACAAUAUUAAACUCACAUAUAUUAUUACUAAUCCUAAAUUUAAAUCGACUAAAUCCCCCAAUCAAGAGACACAGAUGGGUAGAUUGGAUGGAAAGCCAAAACCCAUUGGUAUGCUGCAUCCAGACCCAUCUCACAUGCAAGGAUACACAAAGACUCAAAGGGAUGGAGGAAGAUUUACCAACCAAAUGGAGAGCAAAAAUAAAUAAAUAAAAAGCAGAAGUUGCAAUUUUUGCCUCUGAUAAAAUAGACUUUAAAACAACAAAGAUCAAUAGAGGCAAAGAAGGACAUUACAUAAUGUUAAAAGGAUCAAUGCAACAAGAAGAGCUAAGGAUCCUAAAUAUAUACGCACCCAAUACAGGAGCACCCAGAUACAUAAGACAAGUUCUUAAUGACUUAUAAAGAAACUUAGACUCCCACACAAUAAUAGUGGGAGACUUUAACAUCACAUUGUCAGUAUUAGAUCGACGAGACAGAAAAUUAACAAGGAUAUCCAGGACUUGAACUCAGACCUGGAACAAGUAGACUUAAUAAACAUUUAUAGAACUCUCCACCCCAAAUACACAAAACAUACAUUCUUAUCAGUACCACAUCACACCUACUCUAAAAGUGACCACAAAAUUGGAAGUAAAUCACUCCUCGCAAUCGCAUAGCAUUUCACAGGUUUAAAUGAAAUAUUGGUUGGCUGCUUGUUAUUUUCCUCCCUUAUUCCUUCCUGUCUCCAUUGUUAAGCACAAUUAUUGGCAUAAAAGAGGUUUUCAAUACCCAUUUUUAGACUGCAUUCUAGCCUGGGCAAUAAAGCAGUACUCCCUUUCUCUCUCCCUCUUUCUCUUCCUCUUUCUCUUUCAUUCUUUUUUUUCUUUUUCUUUUAAUUCUUUCUCUCAUUCUUUUUUUCUUCUUUCUUUCUUCUUCUUCUUUCCUCUCUUUUUAAAAAAAAGAAAAAGAAAUCAGGAAGAAGAGUCAUGUCACCUGGGUGGUUGGCCAGGGAUAUGUUACAUUCCUGAUCUGAAAGGAGGGCACAGGCAGCAGAGUCACAGCAUGUGGGUGCUGUGCCCAGUGAUAAUGUCACAGUGACUCCUGUGAGCAAGACCCAGGGGAAAAUAAAACACACCACCCUGUUGCUGAGCCAAAUGUUAUGUCACAAUCUUUCCUGUGGGCAGGAUGCAGGCAGCAGAAGAGAGUCACAUCUCCUAGAUGAUGAAUGCAGAGGGAUGUCAGGAGGCUCCUAAGAAUGACAACUACAAGAACAGCAACGACAAAAGGAGCUGGAGCGGGAAAGGCUGGAGAGAGAAAGAAUGGAAAGAGAGAGGUUGGAGAGAGAGAGGUUAGAAAGGGAAAGGCUGGAGAGGGAGCGACUGGAACAGGAACAGCUAGAGAGAGAGAGACAAGAACGGGAACGGCAGGAACGCCUGGAGCGGCAGGAACGCCUGGAUCGGGAGAGGCAAGAAAGACAAGAACGAGAGAGGCUGGAGAGACUGGAACGGGAGAGGCAAGAAAGGGAGCGACAAGAACAGUUAGAAAGGGAACAGCUGGAAUGGGAGAGAGAGCGCAGAAUAUCAAAUGCUGCUCCAUCUUCAGACAGCUCCCUGUAUAAUGCUCCACUUCCUGAGUAUUCCAGUUGCCAGCCUCCUUCAGCACCUCCUCCAUCAUACGCUAAAGUCAUCUCAGCUCCAGUGUCAGAUGCCACUCCUGAUUAUGCUGUAGUGACUGCUUUGCCACCUACUUCCACACCCCCUACACCACCACUGCGACACUCAGCGACACGUUUUGCAACAUCUUUAGGUUCAGCCUUCCACCCUGUUCUUCCCCAUUACGCUACAGCUCCUCGUCCUCUGAACAAAAACUCUCGACCUUCUUCUCCUGUGAACACACCCUCUUCUCAGCCUCCAGCUACGAAGCCCUGUGCCUGGUCUACUUCCAAUUUUUCGCCCCUCCCUCCAUCUCCUCCAAUAAUGAUUAGCAGCCCCCCAGGCAAAGCUACUGGUCCAAGGCCUGUCCUCCCUGUUUGUGUUUCUUCUCCUGUGCCCCAAAUGCCUCCAUCACCGACAGCACCCAAUGGGCUGGUUGACUCUGUAACAUAUCCAGUGUCUCCACCGCCUACCUCAGGGCCAGCAGCUCCUCCGCCGCCGCCUCCACUGCCUUCCCUCGCAUCACUGUCACACUGUGGAUCUCAAGCUUCUCCUCCUCCAAGCACCCCUAUUGCCUCAACUCCCUCAUCCAAGCCUAGUGUUCUCCCUUCUCCCUCUGCAGCUGCCCCUGCCUCUGUUGAGACUCCUCUAAACUCUGUGCUGGGAGACUCUUCUGCUUCUGAGCCAGGCUUGCAGGCAGCCUCUCAGCAGGCCGAGACUCCAGCCCAACAGGGCCUUGUCUUGGGACCACUUGCACCUCCACCUCCUCCACCACUCCUACCAGGGCCUGCACAGGCUUCAGUAGCACUCCCUCCUCCCCCAGGGCCCCCUCCACCUCCUCCACUCCCAUCCACUGGGCCUCCACCACCCCCUCCUCCCCCUCCUCUCCCUAAUCAAGUACCCCCUCCUCCUCCACCGCCUCCUGCCCCUCCCCUCCCUGCAUCUGGAUUCUUUUCGGGAUCCAUGUCAGAAGACAAUCGCCCAUUAACUGGACUUGCAGCUGCAAUUGCCGGAGCAAAACUUAGGAAAGUGUCACGGAUGGAGGAUGCCUCUUUCCCAAGUGGAGGGAAUGCUGUUGGUGUGAACUCAGCCUCAUCUAAAACCGAUACCGGCCGUGGAAAUGGACCCCUUCCUUUAGGGGGUAGUGGUUUAAUGGAAGAAAUGAGUGCCCUGCUGGCCAGGAGGAGAAGAAUUGCUGAAAAGGGAUCAACAAUAGAAACAGAACAAAAAGAGGACAAAGGUGAAGAUUCAGAGCCUGUAACUUCUAAAGUCUCUUCAACAAGUACACCUGAACCAACAAGAAAACCUUGGGAAAGAACAAAUACAAUGAAUGGCAGCAAGUCACCUGUUAUCUCCAGACCGAAAUCCACACCCUUAUCACAGCCCAGUGCCAAUGGAGUCCAGACAGAAGGACUUGACUACGACAGGCUGAAGCAGGACAUUUUAGAUGAAAUGAGAAAGGAAUUAGCAAAGCUAAAAGAAGAGCUCAUCGAUGCAAUCAGGCAGGAACUGAGCAAGUCAAAUACUGCAUAAAGAAACAGACUACGGAGAGAUAGGACUUUAAUUUGGAGAAAAAAAAAAAUCUACAAACAACAACUGUUCACAACAGUAAACCCCUACAUUUUAUGAGCUGUAACAAGAAAAUGGAGACAAACAGAAGGAGGGAAAAACCAACCUACUCUGAAAGCCUUCAGACAUUAUGACUCUGGCGAUAAGCUCUUUCCCUCUCAGUUUGCUGCUUUUUUCUGGCCUUUACAACAGAAUGGAAGAGAAUCAUAUAAGAGUUCCUGUAACAGUUAUGCAGAAAAUAUUAAAACCCAUCAGGCAAGAUCAUCGCGCAUUGAAAUACUUUCAUGUCAAGAUAAAAUCGCACAUUUUCCGCAAUUCGUUGCUAAAAUAGAGGAGAAAGGCUUAGGAAGUUUUUUUGCAGAGAGUGCUGAUGAAGAAUUGAGCAAGUUUGCUAUUGUAUUGUAAUGUUUCUCUCAGGUUUGUUCUUCCUAUCAUGUUUGAUAUUCCAUGAAUAAUUGAGAUCAGCCCUAUAUAAGAUAAGAUACGCAGAACAAAUGGAAUUGUAAGUGCUUUCAAAGGUUAAUAUUUAUAAGAAAGUGUCCUAAAAAUGAUUUGUUCAGCUUGAGGAAUUUUAGAAUGAUAGGAAGUCUCUCGAGUUAGCCUUCAUGCAAUUUUGUAGAUUAAAACAUAAAAUUUGUCCAGAAUUUAAAGAUUUAGAUGCCUUCCUAAAUUGUUACAAUGCUUUACCAAAUCUAUGACUUCUACAUAACACAAACCAGUGGUCAAAUGUAAACAAUAUAUUGUAGAUUUACUGUAGGUUUUCAACCUUUUUUAGAUUUAUGCAUGUGGACAUUUUUAUAAUGUAAUUACAAUCACCACAAAGUUAGCUUUUUUAAUUGCAGACAGUAAUGCAUGUCACACUAAUAUGUAGUGGCCUUUUCAAGGCCUAGUCCCAGGGAAACAUUUUGUAGAGUAUAGGGGAGUGGGAGGAAGGGGAGGAAUAAUUUUUUAUUUAAAGUUGAUUUCUGCACUAUCUUUUUCUCAAUUACCUGCAUGAAUAAUAAUGAGGAAUAUUUUGUGACUUUAAUUGGUAAAUAUGUUACAAAACCAAGUAUUUAAUCUUUUACAUCAUGUCUUCAGCUAUUUGUAUUUUAACCAGUAAUUUCAAUGGUCUGAAACAUGAUUCUGAGCUUCACAUAAUAUCUUACUGUGGAACUCAAAAGUUUGAUCACUGAAUUUGGCAGUUAUUAUUACCUAGGUACCCCUGCUGUUACACAGGUGUUUAGAUACAUGUUCCUGAAUGAAGCUGCUUUUGACUUUUGUUAUAUUGAAAUACAAGAAAUAACAAUGACGGCAGCAAUUAAGGUCACAGAAAUCAUUAGGUAAAGGAAAAACCAAUGAGGAGUUCUACAGUUUUCUUUUAAUAAGUAAAGUGGGACUUGGGUGGUGGGAAGAAGGAAUUAGACGCUCUACCUGCCAUCCUGCGUGUGUGUGCACUCGUGCACGUGCUGUCUAUAUGUAAGCCACUCCCUUUUCUUUCCUUUGAAACUGAUGAGGUUAAAAUAGGGGAGAAAUCCUAUAUAUUGCAAUGAUAGCUUUCUGGAAAAUUGAAGAAAUCAAACUCUCCAGGCUCUCCAUCCUGAUUUAUGCUUGAGUCGUUAUGUGCCAUAUUUGCUUUGAACUCUGAUUAUUAGAAGUUUUACUAAAAUGUUGAAGAAAUAAUUCACUUUCAUCUGCUUUCCAGAUUUUGUACAUCUCAGUUCAUAAAGCAAAGCUUGUUGAUAAUGUAGUUUUCUAAAUGCUGCAGAUGUGCAGCCGUUACCACUACAAAGACGUUUGGAUGAGGGAUUUUUUUUUUUCUUUGUUAAAAUAGUUCCUGUUUCUGUAGAAAUUUCAUUUUUAGAUUAAACUGUGAUGGAUGAGCUAUCAUACAUUUCUUUUUUCUAUCAGAUAGGUAUUGUCAUGCAGUAGCAGUAAAUACAUCAGAGGCGCAGCAAGCUUACGAAGUUCUGUUUUCUAAAAGAAAUAGGAGGUAUUUUCAUCUUUAUUAUUGUACUUUUGGUUAUGCAAACACUUUGAUAACAUAAAGUUAUAUCCCCUAUAAAUCUGGUCAGAAACCUCUUUUGAUUUUGUUGAGUACGUUAACUAGUCUAUAAUAGGUAGAGUACUGGGUACAAGUGGUCCAAACUAAGAUAAGAGACUAAAAUAAAAUGCUAAAUCUUAAACUGGGUUUAUGCACUAAACGUUUUGUGCCUUGGUCUAAUAUUAACAUGAUGUCUGUGUAAAAUGACAAAAAGAACCAGUGUUGAAUCACGCUAUAUUUUCCAUCAUCCCAGAUCGCUAAAUGUAUUCUUUCCAAGAAGUCUGAACGAAUUAUUAUAUACAUUUUCUGUCAUGUACCCAUGACAGUUGUGUCAUUGUUAGAGAUUUCAGUAAUUAAAAUGGGAAACAGAAGCUUAAGUUAUUUUCCUUAUCAAAACUAUGUUCCUUGGAACCACAUUAUUAUGAUGGUUUUUGUGCUCUUGUACAUUGGAUGUCUUAAGCUAAGUACAGUUUAGGGGAUCCUUUCUAAUUAAUUACAGGAAGGUACUGCUUUCCUCAACACUGUGAUCUGACCUGUGACAAAUCUGUACUAUACACUAUGUAAAUGGCUAACAAGUCAAUUGCAAACAAACUGAAUGUACAAAUCUUAGUGCUGGUGCUGAAAUCUCUUCAGAAUAGUUAUGAUUUAAAAGUUUGUUUAUAAAUUUGCAAGCAUCAAGUGUCAAUCAAAACUGAAGAUGAAACACUAAUGAAUGUUGAAUUCUCAUGCUUUUAGGUAUACUUCCUUUUUAGAAUUUUCAGUUUUCUGCUAUUUUUACCGUAACUAUUUCAUUUAAAUUUGUUUCACUUAAAUUUCCUACACGCUAACUUCAUUUGUGCGAUUGAAAUAAAAUUGCAGUAUAUAUGCAUUGCUUGUUUGUGACACUUAGAUAAUCUUCUGAAAUAAUUUGUUAGUAAGUUAUAUUGGAUGUGAAAACUACCUUUUAAAGUCCAAGACUUCACUGCUUAAAAGUUUACAUGUCACGUCACUAUUCUUUAAAGAUUUCAUAGGAGUCAUGAAUACUAAGUAAUGUAUACAAAGGAAAUCUGUGAUGACUUGUCUACUUUCUGUUUGAAAUAACUGUUGGGUGUUCCCUGUUUGUUAUUUUCUCUCUGCCCAUCUUGAUACAGUAACUUACUCUAUAGUCAAGAUGAUGAUAAAUGUUUAAUUUUUAUUCCAUUUUUUUCUGCAACACAUUCAGAUACUUAAAACUGGUUCAUGCAGUUAGAAUUUUCCUGUAUAUAGUUUGCGUGGUAAAGGACAUUGUGUGGUAAAGGGCAUUAUCAAGUAUUGAAUUUUAAGUGUAGCAAAAGCUGUAUAGUGUUUCUACAUGAUACUGAUUUCUUAAAACCUACAAAUAAGCAGUAGUACUUUUUAUCUAUUGUAAAGUAUUAAUUUUGAGUUCCAUUUUUAUAAUUCUGAUGUCUUCAUUAGAAAUACAAAAAUACAAUCCUUGUAUUUUUUUUCGUUUAUCAGACCCGAAUUUUCCCCCUUUCCCCCUCCAUUCUCCUCUCCACUUCUCACGGACCAUAUGUUCCCGACGUUCAUUAACAUCUGCAGCCAUUACAGAGUUCACAGUUUUAACAUUUUCAGCUGAUUUUUUUUUUUGCUCUAUCUUGUCUCAUGUUCUUGCUUCUCUUCAUAUGUAAGAAUUUCAUCUACUAAUUGAAAGUCACUUCUCAUUCAAAAAUGAAUUAAGUAACAUGCUAACCUUUUAAAUUUGCCUAGCUACAAUAUUUAUGUCUCUUAAAUUUAUAUAUACUUUGAGUGCCAUUGUGAAGAAUUGGCCUUUAAAUUCUAAGUAGUGUUACCCUGUGAAGCACAUUGUGCAAAGGUACGCCACAGGGUCUCUUUAAUUGCUGUGUAGCCAUGAUAACUUUACAACACCAUUACCCUUUAAAUGCUACCGAUUAUAAGCAGCAUAAAAGUAACUAAAGCAAACAUUGCAAAGCAAUGCUCUAGGAGCUCUUAAUUCCUGAUGUAGCUGUUACAAAAAUCACUUUCCCGAAGACAUUUACUCUACCAUUCACUUCCGAACUCCAAACCUGUUUCUGGUAGCACCACUCUUGUUUUUAAUAGAAAGAUGAGUUCAUAUCUAUACAUCUCUCCAAAGCUCUAAGGAAUGAGAAAAGGAUCCUAGUAUAUUGAAAUUACUGAUAUUUAAUACCUCUGCCUUUUCACUGAAAGCCAUUUAAUAUUUAUACGUUAAAAGCAUAUUCAUAGAUGCUUUUUAAAGUCAGAACUUGACAUACAGGUAUUUAUAAGGAAUCUCCAUGACUCUAAGGGAAUAAAAUUGAUCUAGGUGUCUUUGGCUACAUAGAGACAUAGUAGAGGACAUUGACUUAUAAGAAUAGUUUUCUGAGGAUGUGUAGAUUUGACUAAGCAGCUGAAGUCAGUAACCCCUCAAGAAAGGCCGUUUGUAGGAGUCAGGAACUGUUGGAGGUCUGUGAUGCAGGUUUUUCUGUUCCCAGCACCAAAAGCGGUGGAUUACUAGAUUUGUUCCCCUUUAUGUUAUCUCUAGAUAAUUUUUGAGACAUCAAGAUUUUAAAAAAUAUCUUAAUACUGGAAAGAUGAAACCUUCAAAUUUAAAAAGACUAAAAUUGAUUAGGAAGGAAAGUAAAAUACUGCAGUACAUUUAGGAUGGUUACAGAUAUUCAGUGUCAAAUAAAUGGAGUUAUAGGAUAAAUUCUCCGUGGAAUACUAAUGGUCAAGUCACAUAAGAGGAAAACAAAAUUUUUGGUGAGGAGGUACAUUUGAAAACUGCUAAAGAAUUAACUGUAAAUUUGUCUAAAUAGUUUAUAAAGUAACAGAAACAUUGUAAAAGGGUAAAUAAUGACCAUCAUAAAGACUUAGGAUGUUGUAAGAAUGUCUGCCACGUUUAUUGGUUAUUUCUGUUGAAAUCUGAAAGAAUCAAAACAUGUCAAGAUUGAGAAAGGGAAAAAAUGACUUUCUUUCAGCUACAGAUAAUCUGUGAUGCACAUUACUUUGUAAACAGAAAUGUUAGUAUUAUUUAAAGCACAGACAUUAGUUUAACAUGUAGAAUAAAUCAAAGAUGAAGUAUUUGUUCAUUAGUUUAACAUAUAGAGUAAAUCAAAGAUGAAGCCCCAGCUAAGUGUUUAAACCAAAGAAUCACAGUCACUGAGCUGCUCCCGGUUCUGUGAAGCAUGUUAAAUACUCCUAAAGAGCAGAGAGCAGGGCCUGUAGAUGCUUCUGGUGCAGGACGCAGAGCUCCUAGGCAGAGGGAGAAAAUUAGGGGCCCCGGUCGGUGGCUGACAGCAAAAAGAAUGUACCAUUUGAGUAGUACUAUUCUUUUUCCUCACUUUUUAAAGGCAUACAAUUCCUAGAAAUUAGGACAUCUAAAUAACUCAGUGAACUGGUCACUAAAUUCAGUUUUCUCAACAAAAAAGAAGUUCUGACCAGGCGCAGUGGCUUAUACCUGUAAUCCCAGCACUUUGAGAGGCUGAGGCGGGAGGAUAGUUUGAGGUCAGCCCAGGCAACACAGGGAGACCUCAUCUCUACAAAAAAGAAUUUUUUAAAAAUUUGGGCCAGGCAUGGUGGUGCACACCUGUAAUCCCAGCUACUCAGGAGACUGAGGUGGGAGGAUCACCUGAGUCCAGGGAGGCUGAGGCUGCAGUGAGCCAUGAUCAUGCCAUUGCACUCCAGCCUGGGUGACAGAGCAAGACCCUGUCACUUAAAAAUUCUAAGAGAAUACAGCUUUUUAUUUUAAUUGAAAUGAUUAGAAAGCCUACGUACUUCGUUAGCAAGCCCAGACUACAUAUAUUCCAUAAAAGAUCUAUAUAAAAAUGAUAGCCUCAUAGAUCAGCCUGAUUAAACUGUUCCCUCAAUUCCAAGAAAGAUUUCUUCAGCAGGAGGUGACAAUUCUAAAAACAUAAAUCACUAAUAAAAGAACUGGAUAAUGUUAUAGGUUUGUUUGCUUAGAUUUUCGUAAAUAGUUAUUCUUCUAAGAAGGCUUAGACAAUAGAAAAGAUUGCACAGUUGGUACUUUGAAUUCCACAGGAAAUUGCACUCAGAAGAAAAGAAGUCUACAUUGAUUGGUGUUUAGAUUGAGAGAUUUAAUUCUCCCAACAAGUUCAAAAGUUUCCAUUCAAGUCUAUAGAAACUGAUAAAAAAGCUUCUUGUCUUACACUUAAAAUAUGCAUUGUUGUUACCAUAUAAAAGAAAUAUGUUAUAGAAAGCUUUUUAAAAUUUGAUCUCUUCAGUGCCUAACAUUCCAUGCUUUAGUCACAUCUGUGGAACCUCUUUUCUUUUUUUUUUUUUUUUUUUUAGAUUAAAGGCGUUUUAAAAAUAAAUGUUUUAUGGCCCGGGAUGGUGGCUCACACCUGUAAUCCCAGCACUUUGGGAGGCUGAGAUGGGUGGAUCACCUGAGGUCAGGAGUUCGAGUCCAGCCUGGUCAACAUGGUGAAACCCCAUCUUUACUAAAAAUACAAAAACAUUGGCCAGGCGUGGUGGUGGGCACCUGUAAUUCUAGGUAUUCGGGGAGGCUGAGGCAGAAUAGCUUGAACCCGGGAGGUGGAGGUUGCAGUGAACUGAGACGCACCACUGUACUCCAGCCUGGGUGACAGAGCGAAAUUCUGUAACUGAAUGAAUCAAUGAAUGUUUUUCAGCUUAUUUUAUAUGAGAAAUAGCAGCUUUUCAUUGUUAAAUGAAACUGAGACACCAGUUGAUCUCGGGUGUCACUUGACUGGUUCUGACUAUGUCACUGGGCGUUAUAAAUACAGAGUUUCCCUCCACCUUUUUAUCGAGUCUGGGGUUUGUCUAUCUUGGUGGUGGACUAACUUAACCAUGGAUUCACAAACCCAUUUGACUGUCCUAGGUCAUGAGGCUACCCUGUGACAGUGGUUGGGCAUCACAGUGAGUCUGGGGUGAUGAAUUUGAGUUAGCUGCAGUUCUGCACCUCGGCAACAGGCUGUGGAUGGUUGGUAGUAGAUGUUGACUUUGCCACUUAAAUUUCCAGGAAGAAUAGCUUACAGUUUAUCUGAGGAAAGUAAUGGGAAGGCUUAGAGACUGAGAAGAAAGCCCUAUUAAAAUCUAGGUAGCAUUUCCUUUCUGCUUAUUUACUACCAAAAAAGAGAGGUUCAGGCCUGAGUCAGGACUUCAGUUUGGUGUCCUUUCCAGAGGUACUCUAGGCCUCAUCAUUUUAAGUUUCAAUUGCAAAAAGAAAAAAAUCUGUUGACAGAGUCUUGCUCUCACUCAGGUUGGAGUGCAGUGGUGUGACCUCGGCUCACUGCAUCCUCAGGUUCAAGCGAUUCUCCUGCCUCAGCCUCCCGAGUAGCUGGGACUACAGGCACCCGCCACCACACUCGGCUAAUUUUUGUAUUUUUAGUAGAGACAGGGUUUCACCAUGUUGGCCAAGCUGGUCUCAAACUCCUGAGCUCAGGUGAUCCACCCACCUCGGCCUCCCAAAGUGCUGGGAUUACAGGUGUGAGCCACAGCACCUGGCUUCAAUUGCAGAAAUGUUUGAAGGGAGAAUAUUUGAUCCUCACAUAAAAUGUCCUUGUUUCUGAAAGAAAACGUAAAAAGAUUGUCAUUGAGUCCAUGUCUUUGCCACCUUCCUGGGCUUGAUUUCCCUUUCUCUGUGUUCUUCUUGCCCUCAGUCUCCUUUUUGCGUGUGGAAUUGUGGGCAGGUCAUUGGACUGGGACUGGCUGACUUCACCAGAUGUUAGCCUGCAGGGCUAGCUGGUCAUUCUCUCUGGGCCUUCUACCUCUAAAUUUUAGUUCUUUUUUAAAGUUCUUUUUGUUUUGUUUUUAUUUUUUCCUCACCACUAUACAAGCGAGGAUAAAGCUUUUAUUACUAUUAUUUUUAGAUGGAGUCUCGCACUGUUGCCCAGGCUGGAGUGCAGUGGCAAGAUCUCAGCUCACUGCAACUGCUGCCUCCUGGCUUCAGGUGAUUCUUCUGCCUCAGUCUCCUGAGUACCUGGGACUAAAGGCGUGCACCACCACACCCAGCUAAUUUGAAUUUUCAGUAGGGAUGGGCUUUCACCAUGUUGGCCAGGCUGGUCUUGAACUCCUGACCUCAGGCGAUCUCCCCACCUUGGCCUCCCAAAGUGCUGGGAUUACAGACAGGAACCACGGUGCCUGGUCCCAGUAAAGUUUAGUGCUGAAUUUACUCCUUCAGUGUAUCCUCGGCAGCUACUGGUUUUUUCUUUUCUUUUUUUAUUCUUUUUUUUUUUUUUUUUUUUUUUUUUUUUUUGAGAUUGAGUCUUGCUCUGUUGCCAGGCUGGAGUGCAGUGGUGCAGUCUCGGCUCACUGCAACAUCUGUGUCCUGGGUUCAAGUGAUUCUUCUGCCUCAGCCUCCCAAGUACCUGGGACCACAGGCACGUGCCACCACACCGGGCUAAUUUUUUUGUGUUUUUAGUAGAGGCGUAUUUUCACCAUGUUGGCCAGGAUGGGCUCGAUCUCUUGACCUCGUGAUCUGCCUGUCUCAGCCUCCCAAAGUGCUGGGAUUACAGGCGUGAGCCACUGUGCCUGGCCGGCAGCUACUGGUUGUUUUAUUCUUUUCUCAUCUUUUUUGGUAUAUUCAUCUUUUGAUCGGAGAAACAAGGUGAGUUUGGCUCUCGCAUCUUAAGUGCAGCGUUUAGUUGUUUUAUAAUCGUAGAUGCUGUUGCGCUGGACAGCAUGCAUCCUGGAUGUGAACAAUGUGGAACAUCAAUGGAGUCACACUUUUGGGGUCAGUGGUGGUGCAUAAAGCAUAAGUGGUGUGCUGUUCUGCACCAGUUUCCUCUGCGUCACUGAUGUACUUUCAGUUUGAAUUACGCUCAUCUGUGUGGUGACUUCAGUGUAUUCUCCACUGUGCUUCAACCUGGAAACACAUUCUCACAUUCAGAAAGAUGGAUUCCAUUCAUGCAAUGGGACUACACGAGAUCCAUGCUCCAAUUAUAUAUGAAUAACAAAGUCAAUUUGACUCUUCUAGUUCAAGAGCUGUUUCUAAGUAAACAGACUUUCCAGAGCUCGAUGAAGUGAGGGAGCCGUUCUGGGCAGAAUUCAGUGGUUUUCAUGUCAUCUGAACCUGCUGCGCUGUUGUUUAUUCUAUCACUGUCAUCCUUGAGGGGAAAAGGGGGAAUAAUCUUACCCUCCUGCCCUUCUUAUUUUAUAUCUUUGAUCUUAUCCAUCUAUAUCCAUGUAGUCAUUCCUUCUGAGUUCCCUGUUUUUGAUCCAGAAGACUGUUACAGCCAUGUCUUGGCAGACCUGGUGCCCCUCUCAUGCCAUUUGAGGGCUGAAUCUUUGCUUCAUCUUAGGAAGAUGAAGACAGUGUGUCAGUCAGAGACAGCAAUAGAAGGUUUGGGAUGAUACAAGAUGGGCCCUGUUUUGCUGACAUUCUUUUGCUUUGGUUCUUGGCGAGUGUGUUUUGGGAUUCAUUUCUUGUUAGUAUGAAUAGGACAUGCUUUUUAUUAGGUGCUUUUCUUUUUUGGAGAAAAUGAAGUGUUUCUAACAAGUGAAUGAGCUAGAAAGAAUUCUAUUUUGAGACAUCUGUAGUUGAUGCAAAGUAUUUCUGUAAUCCUCAAUUACAGUACUUACAUAUUUGCAUAGAAUUUUUUUUUUUUUUUAAAUUUUUGAAGAAGCCUCUCUGGAGUCUGUAUAGGAACACCCUGAAAGUCCCUAUUAUGUAGCUGGUAGGGAGAGGGAGAGGGACAGCCACGCCUGUGCUGUGAGCAGAGCAGAACUUCAGGAGGAGUGAACCCUCCUCAUUGGAAGCUUUCUGUUGUCCAGCCUCGGGGGGAUUUCAGAAGCUCCCUCUUAAGCCAGGUGUGGUGGUGUGUGCUCCUAGACCCAGCUACUCAGGCGGGAGCUGAGGUGGGAGGAUCACUUGGGCCCAAAGUUGGAGGCCAGCCUGGGCAACAAAGUGAGGCCUGUCUCCUUAAAAACAACAACAACAAUUUUUCCUUGACCACUGUGCUUUCUGCUGCCCCUUUGUAGGGGUGGGGUAGGGUCAGAGUAAGCAUGUGCAUGAAUAGGGAAAAGUUCUGGUGGUGGUUUGUUUUGUUUUUUGAGAGAUGGGGGAGUCAACAGUGAACCUUUCUGGUUAAACAAUGUACAUAAUUUCUAUUAUGAAAUUUAGAAGGUUAAAUACAUUUUCUUUUUCAGGCCUACCUAGUUGAUAGACCAAAAGCAUAUAGCAGAAUAGCACAGUAAAAAAAAAGUAAAGGUGAAUUUCUUUUUUUUUUUUUUUUUUUGAGAUGGAGUUUCGCUCUUGUUACCCAGGCUGGAGUGCAAUGGCGCCAUCCCAGCUGACCGCAACCUCCGCCUCCUGGGUUCAGGCAAUUCUGCUGCCUCAGCCUCCUGAGUAGCUGGGAUUACAGACACGCGCCACCAUGCCCAGCUAAUUUUUUUUUUUUUUUGUAUUUUUAGUAGAGACGGGGUUUCACCAUGUUGACCAGGAUGGUCUCGAUCUCUUGACCUCGUGAUCCACCCACCUCGGCCUCCCAAAGUCCUGGGAUUACAGGCUUGGGCCACAGCGCCCGGCAUAAAGGUGAAUUUCUUAUGGUCCAAAUGGAUGGUCACAAUCCAUAACCUUUCAUAGUAUAGGCUGGAAUGGAAUCUCUUGUUAUCUUGCUUUGCUCUAAAUUUUAGAGCUACAUGAGCAUGUUUGUCAAAAGAUUAUACAGAGCUAUUUUCUUUGCUAAAGAUGUAAACAUUUGCACCCCGAAUGGAACUUUUAUCAGCUGGAAGUGAGCCUAAGGUGGCAUAUACUGAAAUCAUGUUUUAAAAAUUAAGGUUGACUUAAGCAUAUACAAGGUUGUGUUUUCAUUCUAACUAGAAAUCAUUUACUGUGCAUACAGAACCUCAUGCAUCAUGGCAUUUGUGAAUUAUGGGCCUUGCUGAAUUCAAGAAUAAGGGAACCUGGUCAUGUGUUUUAAAUCAAUACACUGUGAGCUCUUGCUUGCUUGACUCAAGUUGUUUGAGAAUCUAAAUAAAACAGGAUCUCCUUGUCAGGAAACCUGGACAUGUACGUUUAAGAAGGGAACGUGGAAGAGAGGGCAGGACAUGAAACCAAAAUAGCUGGCAGGGCAGGAUCAGACGGCACCUGAUUUUUGCACCAAAGUUAUAAAUAGGAACAAAUAAAAACGAGGACCGCUUAUGAGCCAACCUAGGAAAGACUUGCCAGAAAGUAGCAGCUCCUGCUGCAAAUUACAGUGCCUUCAAAAUGAUUCUGUGUGAAAUGCAUGCAAUUUCAUGUAACCAUAAAGUGUAACCUGUAUGUGCAUGACGUGUGUCUAGAUGUGUAAAGUUAGGAUUCAGCAGGAAGGGGCCUGGCCCUGUCACUGUGGCGGAUCAGUAGACCUGCUGAUGUCGUUGGAUUUAAUGUGACUUAGGUUUGCAGCAUCAGACCCCUGUGUUUGCAUUAAGCCGCCAUAUCGUUGAAAUCGGAUCCAUCUCUCCCUCUCAGCUUUCUUUCCUACUUGGCAGCUUUGCUGGUUUUAACUGCUUCAUUCUUCCGCUUCUUGGUAUCCUUUCUUUUGAAAUAAAAAGACGAAAGACUUCA